AUGUCAAUCAUCACUGCCGUCCUUACCAUCGUUACGCUUCUUCUUGGUAUUGCCUCCUCUGCCGUUCGUUUAUGGCAGCACUGCAAGCGAACAACGCCCGUCUCGGUCAACUACCACUUCACGCGCAAGACCAGCUAUGUCGCCCCAGAAGCGGACGUAAAGCGUGGGCUGGAACUGCUGAAGGAUGCAGGCAUGCGAAUGAUGAACUUUGCGGGCGGCGAACCGUUCAUGUAUCACAAAAAGCUAGCCAUGCUGGUCAAGUACUGCAAGGUCGACCUCAACCUCGAAUCGGUCUCGAUCAUUUCCAACGGCUCCAAAGUUACCAAACAGUGGCUUGAUGAAAACGGAAACUGCGACAGCUUUGACGAGAAGACGAACAUCAACAUCGGCCGCGGUAAGGGUGAGCAUAUCAGACAGCUGUUCCGUAUCCGUGACUGGUGCCGUGAGUCGAGCUUCAAGUUCAAGCUGAACACCGUCGUCUGUACGCUCAAUUGGCAGGAUGAUAUGGUGGAGAUUGUCAAUGAGCUCGAUCCUUUCCGAUGGAAGUGCUUUCAGGUGUUGUUUGUGGAGGACGAGAACGAUGCGUCGGAGAGUGCUAGUCCACCGCAUCCUUCCGCCGAGCGAGCACUGAAGCAUCGGCGCGAUGCUCCUCACAGAGUUACUGCCGACAACAGCAUCGAUGACCGACCCAUUAUUGGCGACGACCCUUCCGAGUACCACCUCCAUACCGCCCAGCACCAGCGCAAUGUCAAUGAGCAGCACACAACCGACUACCACUCCGGCAUCGGUGUAGACCACUCCGCGGAUGGAGACCGCUCUCUUGCUUAUGGAGGCCCUGCCACCGGUCCUCUGCCAGAAUUCAUCGUCCCACGUAGUGACGGGUACUGCUGGAUUCUGCCGUGCAAAGAGGUCUUCAAGAUUGGAGACAUCAUGACCCAAGCGCGUCAUGAGAUGGCUGUUCAUGGGCGGAUGCUCUUUGAAGCGAGCCAUGCGGGUAUCGUUGUAUGCGAUGAUUGCCAGGCUGGUUUCUCUUGCAUGACAUUCUACAAUCUGUACUACUGUGCGUUGUCUCGGAUCAUCAAACAGCUGCUCACGACUUACACGGUCACCAAGCGCGGAGGUACCGCAACGCAACUAAGCUACAAACAAUUCAAUAUCCGGUACUACGAGUCGGCCUAUCAUCAGAACGAUCUCGCCUUUGACCCAUCGUUGUUCGACGCCGUAUGGGAACAAAUUGCGUGUUCUACGAAUUCGCGCGGGCCAGACGCGACUCCCAUGUUGUUCAUGAAUCAGGACAUCCACGUAUGCAAUGCGGCUCCUUGUCACCAGACUUUCGACUUCUCCCGAGCACUCAAACAGCAUCAUAAGGCCCACACUCUAGGUGUGAUCGAGUCCAAAAUCAACAGUGGGCCAUGGCAAUUCGACUUUCCAAGCCUGCGACGGGCCCUGAAGCCUGCCACGGGCCCUGAAGAUACAGAUCUUAGCUUUGGACCAUGGCGCCGGUCAGUACUCGGUGCUACGUGA